AUGACGACUCCUGCCAGCAUUGAUCCCAAGGAUAUUCGAGCACACUGGGCCAAAUAUCAGGGCGACAGGUAUGUUGAUGGCUGGGCCUCCCUCUGGGACAGCGAUAAUCUGCCCUGGGAUCGUGGCUUCCCCAACCCCGCGCUAGAAGACACCCUGAUCCAGCGAGCUGGUACCAUUGGCGAGCCAAUCGCCCAGGACGGCCAGAGGCGAAAGGCCCUGGUGCCGGGCUGUGGACGUGGAGUCGAUGUACUCUUACUGGCGAGCUUUGGGUAUGAUGCCUAUGGCCUGGAAGUCAGCGCCACGGCUGUCGAUGCAUGCAAGAAGGAAGAGAAGGAGAACCAUAGCUGGUACCGCGUGCGAGACGAGAAAGCCGGGAAAGGGAAGGUCACUUUCGUCCAGGGAGAUUUCUUUGAUGAUGCCUGGUUGAAGGAAAUUGGAGUACCUCGAAAUGGAUUUGAUAUUAUUUAUGAUUACACGUUUUUCUGUGCUCUGGACCUAGAGCUCCGGCCUAAAUGGGCUUUCCGACACACCGAGCUCCUUGCUCCCUCACCUGCGUACAUGGAGCACCUGAGCCACCCCGGCGAGAAGAUUUCCUACAACGAUAAGGGUCUCGUCAAUGCGGACCCGUUGCGAGAGCCCAGCAAGGCGGGCCUGGAGAGAGUGGGGUACUGGCAGCCAGAGCGCACGCACGCUGUGGGCAAGGGUGAGAAUGGGGUGAUCCAUGACAGAGUCUCUAUUUGGCGUCGACGUGACUAG